AUGCUCGUGGAGGACUCUCAAGCGACUCGUGCUUUAAUGACGAAGAAGUACGCACAUUGCCCGCUGAAGAAGCGGCCAGUUUUAGUGCGGGAGGAGCGGCCGGCGACACCGCCCACUACGCCGCCUCACCCCGCCCAUCUCGCCACGCGUCUUUACUACGAUUAUCAUUGUGACACAGAAAAUGACGAGCCACAAAAUCUCAGCACGAAACCCGAGGAUUUAUCAAAGACUGGCAACUAUCCGAGUAAGGCUUCAUCUCCAGUUGCGACAGCAGCAGUGAAGAUGGAACCUCGAGAGUGGCCUCAACAACUUGAGUAUUUGGCAGCCUGUCGCGCAAGACUCGAACCCGCGCCUGCUGAACUCGCUCGCCCCACACCUCAAUACGCUUAUCUACCAACGCUCUACGCGCCGUACCCUCUAGAAGAAUUGUAUCCGGCAGCACCAUCGCUAUCACCCCCUGCACACCCGCAGAUGUACGCUCACUAUUCGCCUGCCUCACCUCCUUCAUCAUGUUCACCCCCACCAUGCCCAGAAGAUUUGCGUUCACCUGGUUCAGUAUCCUCUGACUCCGGAAUAUCUGUGUCAGCACCCCGCCGCCCUCGAUACCAGUGUCCAGAUUGUGCGAAAUCUUACUCCACCUAUUCUGGACUUUCGAAACACCAGCAAUACCAUUGUGCAGCAGCAGAAGGUAGUCUCGCAAGGAAAUCAUUCAGCUGCAAGUAUUGUGCAAAAGUGUACACAUCUCUCGGCGCGCUCAAAAUGCACAUCCGCACUCACACUUUACCGUGCAAAUGUCAUCUGUGCGGUAAAGCUUUCUCGAGACCAUGGCUUCUGCAGGGUCACAUCCGUACGCACACUGGUGAAAAGCCGUUCUCUUGCCAUCACUGCCGUCGCGCAUUUGCCGAUAGGUCGAAUUUGCGCGCUCAUCUCCAAACUCACUCGGAUGUUAAGAAAUACUCAUGCUCAGGUUGUGGGAAGACGUUUUCUCGAAUGUCACUUUUGAGCAAACACUUAGAAGGUGGAUGUGGUGUCCCUGGUGCUUCAGCUUACGAGUACAGGCCUGAAGCACUACCGGCGACGCAUACGCAUCAGCAGCUCCCUCCAACAGCCACUGUUCAUGCGUAUUAG